AUGCUCGAGAAUUCGGAAAUCAAGGUUUUCAAAAGGAUCAAGUCAUUUCCAUUCGAAGAGGAUGAUGAGUUUGCCCACGGGCUCUCGAUAAUUCUCGGUCACCCUGACAUACUAGCAUCAAAAGCAGAGAUUGAGCGUGAUGAUGACAUCACACUGCAAGCUAAAUGUUUCUACUUCUCGAGAAAAGAGAAUAUCACGCCUCCCGUCAAUGUGAGAAGAUACCAAGCAUGGCUACAAGCUGGAUCGGUACCAGCACUUCAAGCUGCUAGCCUUAUAGAUCAGCAGCAGAUCAGGAAUGUGACAAUUGCGGGCCAUGCGAAUGCACCGUUGGUGGAAACAGAGCCCGCGUAUCCCUCUUCAUUUGCGCACAUAGUCGAACUCAUCACCGCCGGACAACCCAUACCUGGGAUUCAGCAGAUACCAGACACUAUACUUAUUGGUCAAGCCACCCCAAGUACAAGGUCCAAGAGACGGAAACCGUGGGAGCAGCAAAGCGAUAAUGAUGCUGGCAAGUGA